AUGAGCUUGGCUGCAGGCAACAAUUUCGAUGACCUCACAACUGGGGACUUGUACGCUGUCUACGCCCAAAGGCCACAGAAUAGUGCAUACACUGGUCUGCCUGUAAUCGGCGGACAAAACUACAAUGAACUACCAACAUUACGCUCUCUAUUGCCGGAAGAAAUCAGCUCAAACGGCGAUUCCGUACAGGAUAGAGAUUUCGACUACAACGAAGACAACAAAGAUGACUCCAGCGCAGGCUAUCAAGAUGAUCAGGAUGAAUCAUACGAAGCGGAGUAUGAACAGGUAGAGGAUAACACGCUCUACAGCCAUCAAGUUGAAGAGCCAGUUGCUGUCCCCCUCAACGAAGAAUUUCUCGACAAAACGGGCGAUGAAGAGCCACUUUACGUGAACGCUAAGCAGUACCAUAGAAUACUCAAGAGGAGGCAAACUAGACAGCGUCUCGAAGAGCUCAAUAGGAUUUCGAAGGAGAGAAAACCAUACCUCCACGAAUCGAGACAUAGACAUGCUAAGAGACGUCCUAGAGGUGCUGGUGGUAGAUUCCUCACUGCGACUGAGAGAUAUCAGAGAUACGAGAGAUACGGGAGCUAUGACAGAGAUACACCAUCGGAGAUAUCACACGUCGAUACAGAAGUGGAUAAUAUUGUCAUAGAAAAGAUAACAGUCACUUUCAACCUAAACAAGGACAAGUUGGCAGCUGCAUACUUCGAUACAUUGACACUAUUGCAUCAACUCCAGCCAAACGAGAUUUACUGCUCCUUGACAGUACCAGAUGGGUUCAUAAAAGUUAUCAAGUUAUUUAUCGCGAACGUAAAGCCAGAUGCUCUGCUUCAACUAGCACCUUGGAAGGAGUUCUCAUACGAAAGCUCUAAAUCUCGCAUAUUACAAUUGAGCAUCGGCAGCGACAGUCACUUAGAUAGCACUUCACAGCCAUCGUGGGUGGAUCCCUUGGGCCAAAUGGAAAGUGAUACAAUGGAUAGCCGACUUAAGGAGAUGUACCUUUCAGGCUUUAUCAAUUUUAACUACAGGCUAUCAAUAGGAGCUAUAGGAUGUCUUAUUCUGGUGCUUCAACGUCAUAUAGCUCAGGACUCUGCUACUACCAUCACAUCAGCGAGCUGUCGCGUUGAAGAUCUCGACUUGUCUGGUUUAGAGACAUGGCAGAUUGAUAAAGUAAUGCAGAUCGACAAUGAUGCGCUAAUGGCCCUCAGCGUAUUUUCUAGUGAGCAGCAUGCAUCCAUACAUUCCAACAAUAGCAAAGAGGGCCUGUCACUCUUCAAUCUCCUUUCUGAAACAAAAACCCACGUCGGUACUCAACUUUUACAGAGGAGAUUAAGACAACCGAGCUGUGACAUAAGUAAUAUCAAUGACAGACUCGACGCAAUAGCUAUACUGAUACACCCUCAAAAUGUCAGCGCUGUGAACGAUAUGCGAAUGAGUCUCUCCAAAGUCGGCAAGGGAGUGAAUGUCAUGCACGUACUGAAUUCUAUGAAAAGUGGUAAAACAAGUAUAAGGUCCUUCAAGUGUUUGGUGAAUCUAGUAAUUCUCACGGAGGAGCUCUACGAAGGUAUAGCUGCACUUGCUGCUUUAGAGUCGAAGCAGUUGAUAACAGAUGUGGGUACCAUAAACCCAAUACUCAAAGCAUUUGACAUAAAUAUUUGUCACACUGUCAAAAAUGUCAUCACAUCUACUAUUGAUUUCAAUGACUCAAAAGCGGAACACCGACUGAUAAUUACCACUGGAUUGGAUGAUGAGCUUGACAAUCUUCGCCAGCAAUUUAAUGAACUAGACAGUUUCUUAGUGCAAGUAGCUCAAGAAAUACACGAAGAAACACCGUCGAAUAUAGCAAACGAGAUUAAUGUCGUAUAUUUCCCUCAAAUCGGGUAUUUAAUAGCUCUUGAUAUUGUUAAUAAUGGGUAUGAGAAUAUUGAAGACAGGGACAUGAUAGGUGCUGAAAUCGCCUGGGAAUAUCAGUUCAUGACAGAAAUGACGCUUUAUUUCAAGUCAGACAGGAUGCGCGAAUUAGACUACCAUCUGGGUGAUAUGGCAACACUUAUCGCAGACCGGGAAACAGAAAUUAUAUACGAGCUUACGCAGCAUGUCCUUGGUUACUCUAAUGAGUUGUCAAUAAUGGCGGAGAAUAUUUCCGAAUUAGAUGUAUUACUUGCUAUGACACGCGUUAGCGAAGUACAUGGGUUCAGCAAGCCACUCAUGACGGACAAUCCUAUGAUACGCAUAUCGAAUGGUCGGCAUCCUCUCCAGGAGCUCUGUGUGAGGACUUUCGUACAGAAUGACACCCAUCUCAAGAAAUCCCUCGAGAUGAGGGUUAAAAUCGACGAUGAUAUCGAUAUUAUUGAAAGUAGAAAAAUAACGCCUUUCAGUGCAGUAGUCCCGAUGACGCCGAAUAAACAGCGCAGCGGAACUUUGUCUAAUGUCGUUCAGAAUAAGAUGCAGGAUAUCGCUCACUCUACGAUGAUAAUCACAGGUGCUAAUGGCAGUGGUAAGAGUGUGUACCUCAAACAAGUAGGUUUGAUUGUGAUACUGGCUCAAAUUGGGUGUUAUGUUCCAGCUGAGUCUGCAACGAUUGGCAUCAUUGAUAAAUUGUUUUCAUAUGGUAGUGUUCACACGUGUAAUGUGCAGAGAAUCAUCAUCAAAAGUAAACAUCUAGAAGCAAUGCAGUCAGCUUUCAUGAUCGACUUGGCUCAGGUCACACACGCGAUGCGUAAUGCCACUGGCCGUUCACUCGUUUUGUGGGACGAGUUUGGAAAGGGUACCCUGCCUUCUGAUGGCGCUGGUAUAUUUGCAGCAAGUAUCAAUUACUUGAUGAGAAGAGGUGAAAAUUGUCCAUUCAUAAUUGCUACUACACAUUUCAAUGAUCUAUGGGAAAAUUCUUAUAUCAAACUGGCUGCAUCGGUAGUUAUUACACAUAUGCGUGUAAAAAUAAGCAAGAAUGACGAAGGCAAUACAACAUUAACGCACCUGCAUAAGUUGGAAUUGGAACUCAGCGAAGACUCUGGAGCAUUUGACUGUGCAUUGUCAAACAACAUACCUAUUGAUAUUGUCGAUAAAGCCAGACACAUAUCACAACUUUACUUAUCGAACACACUAGAUGAAGUAGCUACAGAUACACUCGAUGAGGACCCUACAGACGAGCUGUUAGUUGCUCAGGAUAUCACUAGGAGAUUCCUUGAAUGGGAUAUUGAAGAAGCUUACGCCCACAACAAUAACUCGAGUGCAAUCAGAGAAUAUCUAGUUGAUGAAAUUUUAUCCCAUGAGUGAAAUGAUUACAAGUAAUAAAUUAAUUGCAGUACAUUAAUCCGAUUUGUUUGAUUCUUUAGUGCACUUUGAGCAUUCACAAACAAAUCCCCAUCCAUUCAUUAAACGCUGACGGCGGUCCUCCACCUUCAACAUACUUUCAUCACCACCUAGAUAAGUGAUGAAAAGUUCAGAAUCCUUGUUUACGGUGUUAGUUGUAGAGAAUGUCCAUGUUUUUCUAUAACGCGACUUUGAGACUGUAGGAGAGCAAGAGUGAUUGAAACGUGAGAGAGAAGGCACGAGCAUUGAACCUAGUAGUUCACUGCGCUCUUCUGAUUGUGCGGAGGCUUUAUCUGAGCUUCCGCUCCAUAUACCAAAACUGUUCGAACGAUCAACAGCCAGUAUUUUUGCAAUCGAUGGCGCAGCUAAUGCAAAUCUCGACAAUGAUGGUGGCAAGAGGGUAACUAUCGCCAAAUAGUGAUUGACCUGUUGAUCUAACAUUCUACUGAGCGUAUAAGGCUCUAGUGUAGUACUUAACUCGAGCGUUUGUGCAACUGUAGACGGCGAUUGAAUAUUUGUCAAUAUAUAACUGGUUAGAUUCUUGAUACUAUCUAUAUCUGCCUCACUAUCUUCAUCAUACGCUUGCAAACCAGCGGCUUGGAUUUCAUUUAUGAAUUUCCGCUGACGUUUAUUAAUUUUCUCAGAGUUAAUUACGUCAACGAUAUCCAAUAGAGUAUGUUGAGAAUCAUUCCAGGAUUCUUCUAUAAUUCUUUUAUCCGGAAUGAUAUCGUCUUCCAGGUCAGGUAUUUCCCUGACCUGCUUGCGUUUCCUUGCGUACUCUUCGACUUUAGCGAGAAAUACUCGCAUAUCAUCAUCAAGUUUACUCAUAAAAGUAUUCCGGCAGUCCUCUGUACAGAAGGCAAGCCCUAUGUUAUUCUCUUUCACUUUCCAGUCUAUUCCUCUAUCGUAGUUGUAACAAGAAGCGCAUACUUCCUUCCAAUAUCUUCUGUAAAUUACGCUAAAGUAUUCAUCGUUUGUCUGGUAUAGCUUCUCAUCUGCUUCGAGUUGACGUUUGGAGAAUAC